UAUAUGUGUGAAUUUAUUGCAGUUCAGGACUGUUCUUCUUGUAGAUUAGUUAAUAAGUAGUAGUAUUUCAUCUGUUUUAAUCAACUUGCAUUAGCGUCUAUAGACAUAGAUAAAGAAUAUAUAUUACCGGAUCCUAGAUAAGAUGGGCAUGUCGCACACGAUAUGUGCAGCAAAAAAUUGCAACAACAAAGCGUAUAAUUGCGAUGCGUCUUUUUUUAGUUUUCCCAAAGAUAAGGCAAGAGCUCUAGUAUGGUUAAUACAAAGUGGACGAGAAGAUCUAAAACAUAAAAUUGGUAAAUUAGACAGCUACAAAUUAUGUAGCUAUCAUUUUGAGAACAAAUCUUUUAGAAAUUAUUUGAAAAACCGUUUACAUCAUCAUGCAAUUCCAAGAAUAUUUCCCUCGUUAGAAGGUCCAAGCAUAGAUGAGAGCCAAAAUGAGCACAAUUAUGCUAAGAGUUCAGUAUAUGUAUUAAGUGACCCAAUUGUUUGGACACAAGAAUUAGAUUCGAUCAAAAAGGGAAAGAUAGACUUCGAAACUAAACAAAGAGAUCUAAGUUUGCAGCUUACUACCGCUCUUUUUAACAACACUGAUUCGAAUGGAAAAAUAAUAAAUUUGCAAAAUGCGACCAAUGUUUUGACUAAAAAACUUGUGCGAUUAAAAGAAAUAUGUGAUGCUACUUUAAAGAGCUAUAGUAGAGGCCUUGAAACAAAUAACCACGAUGUAAUAAAAGAAAAUUUGGCAACUUUGGAUCAAAUAAAGGAACAGCUUGCACAAAUAAAUAGUGAUCAAAAACAGACAGAUACCGAAAUUGCCAAUCUUGAACAUAAUAUGAAAGAUUUUGCAGAAGACGGAAAUAAACAAUCAGAACUGACCGAAAUAGAAGAACAGCUGAAUAUUAAAGAGAAUUUGGUGCAGGAAUUAAUCAGUGCCAAUUACGUUGUCGAUUAUCAGGCAAUUGCAGAAAAUGAAGCAAAAAUUGCGCAACUAGAACAAAAAAAGCUGGAACUCCAGCAUGUGUUAAAAAAUAUUGUGAAGCCUGGAAAAUGGUCAGAGCAACGUAGGAAGAGAGUUCAAGACUUAGACCAUCAGUUAUUUGUGUUGAAAAAAAAGGUACAAGAUCAAAAUCAGUUGAUUAAAAAGAAGGCCAAAGAUGAAGAACGGCUUAAAGUUUUAAACAAAGAAAUACUCGAAUUGACGCAAACCAAAGUCAAACUGGCGAUGGGUGAAGGUGAAAUUGCAAGAAUGAAAGUUAUUCAUAGUAAACAGCAGAACGUAUUUAAGAGAAGAGUGGAGGAAGCAGAAGCUGUAAAUAGGAGAUUGAAACUCGCGUUGUCCGGAAAACAACAGGCGCAGGAAUCGAAGAAUACUGGUAAAGCUGAACGAAUCGAACUAUGGCUAAAACAAGAAUUUGACCUCUAUGAAACCUUAUUGGAAGCAGAAACAACGCUUAACGUUCUUUUGGAAGAUCAAGCUACCGUGCAGCAUCAAUUAGAUGAAAUGAGAAAUAACUCUGACGGAAAUCCCACCGACUAUAAAUCAAUUGAAGAUGAUCUGGUGCUAAGAAGUGUUCAAAUACAGAAUCUGCAGCAACAUCUAUUGGAUUAUAAUGAAGACACUGAAGCGAAAACUAGAAUCGACAAAUUCCAAACAAUGGCAGAAGCAAAGUAUGGCAUAAACUUUUUGUUUGGUAAAGCCGCAGAAAUUUUGAAAGAGAAAGUUAGUCUUCAAAUGAAACUAACAGAACUACAGGAACAUUAUAGCGAAACGCAAGAAAAACACCAGACUCAAGGUGAAGAAGCACCCCAGAUGCAACAAGAUUAUGAAAAAAAUAUUGCUUCGUUCAUGAUUGAGAUUAGCGGAAAUAAAGAUUCGUUUGCAAAGGAGGAAUCUCUGCAAAAUCAAAUUGAAGAAGUGGAGAUCAAAACUGAAGAGUUAAGAGAACAAUUAGAAGACGUAUUUACGCAAGAACAACUCCAGACCCAAGGUGAAGAAGCAGAACAGAUACCAGAAGAAUAUGAAGAAAAAAUUACAGUUUUGUUUACUCAGAUUAGCGAAAGUGAAGAUUCGGUUGCAGAGGAGGAAGCUCCGCAUAAUCAAAUUGAAGAAGUGGAAAUCAAAAUUGAAGAGUUAGGAGAAGAGUUACAAGAUGUAUUUAGCGAAAAUUCAUCUGUCAAACGAUCUGUAGAUGAUGAUUUUAAGAGAUGCAGCAACGAAGACCAUAAUCCUCCAAGAAAACGGAAAAGAAAAGAUUAAAUAUUUUUUUUGAAUGAAUGACAUAAAAUAUGAUGUACAUAUUUUAUUAUUUAUAUAUAAUAAUAUGAUGUUCAUAUUAUUAUAUAUAAAACUUUAUGUAAUAAAGUUUUAUUUAUUUUGACUGAGAUUUGAUCUGACUGACAUUUUUACACAUAUUAUUUUAAUGUUGUCCAUUUGUAUAUAUUUUUAUAGCUUUGUGCAAUUUAAGAAAAAUCCUUUUUUACAUUAUAGUCACAGACGUAGUUCAAUUUGAAAAUAAUAUUGUUGCGAGUUGCACUAUUUCGGCAAAGAUUUUUGAGCUGGGUACGUCACCUAUACAUACGUGCGCGUGAGUGUAAAUCUACAUACGAAGCGAAAUCUACGUCAAUUUAUCGUCGACUGAAAGCAA